UGCAGACGGCGGUGGACAGGCAAGGCUCGCGGUCAUCGGCGGUGCCGGCACUAACCAGCAUGGGACUGCAGGCGGUGUGGCUGCUGGCGGCAACGGUGGCGGGUCUCAGAAUGGUGGCGAGUGUCGACCUGUUCUGCGACUGCGCGCACCGCGGAGGCCCCACCGUGGCCCUGCACUGCGACCAAGCCCAGGCCGGGAGCACCAAUGUGACGUGCCAUAAAGUUGCGGCGGCAACGGUGCCGGACGUCCCGCGAGGCUACAAGUUCGUCUCGGGCUACUCGGUGGUCAAGUUGUACCGCAAUUUCAAGAACUGGUCGGCCGCCAAGGAGAGCUGCGAGGCCGAUGGCUCGAGACUAGCCGUUCCACCGGACCGCUACGCUCUCGAUGGGCUGAAGUCAGUGUUCAGCCAGGAGAAGGGCAUCUGGUACGCUUUCCUCGGCUUCUCAGAUGAUAAACAGCAGGGUAGUCUGGACGCGAAUCUGACGCUGAAGCCUAAUGAGACGCGGGAGAACUGCAGCAUCCUGCGCAGCGACGGGGUAAUGGGCGAGGCGCGGUGCGACAGCAUGUCGCCGUUCCUGUGCGAGCGGCCGCUGUCGCUGGGCGUGCCGGGCACCUACAAGUGGGAGGAGGACGCGGGCCGCUUCUACAAGACGCACGCGCGGAGCCUGCCGCGGGCGCUAGCCGCCGAGGAGUGCCGGCGCGAGAACGCGACGCUCGCCGUCCCCGACACGUGGGUGCGCGCCGCCGUGCUGCUGCGCCUACUCGAGCCCAGCGCAGAUCUCUACUACGUCGGCUUCACCGACCACGAGCACGAGGGCGACUUCGUCACGGACGCAGGAAGGCACCUAGGUGACAUGGAGUUCCAGCUGUGGGCGCCGGAUCAGCCGAAUAACAACGACGGUGGCGCAGAAGAGAACUGCUUGGCCCUGUCUGUGAAAGGCUACAGCGACGUUCGCUGCGAUAUGAAGCUGCUCUUCGUUUGUGAAAUACUGCCCGAGUGAGCCGUAGGCCCCAAGACAGACCGCAGCUCUGUGCAAGCACAGUAGCCGCAGUGGACGACGUCGAUGAUUUAUGUAACGCGAUAUAAAUAUUUGUGAGAAUGAAAUGUUCAGUGUAGAUAGAAUACACCUUAUUACGUCUUUAUUA